CUGUUCUAAGCAACUCAACUUUGCACUGGUUCAGACCUUCUGAAACAACAGCCUCUUAUCUUAAUGACUGACAAAGGCGACGGGAAAUCUUGGUAUGGAAUCUGGUGUUUAUCAGUCUGGGAGGCCAGUUCGGCUGCAGGAGAGCAACGACCAGACACUCACUCAGAGGGUGAGAAAUAUGGUACUCCAAGGGCAUAUGAUCCGCAUUUCAGAGGACCCGUUGUCAACAGGAGUUGUACAGAUGUGCUGUGCUGCGUGAUCUUCAUACUGUUCAUUAUGGCCUACAUUCUUUUAGGACUUGCAGCCUGGGUCAAUGGUGACCCCAGAAGAGUGGCCUAUCCUACAGACAGCCAGGGCUACUUUUGUGGCCAGAAGGGCACCCCCAAUGAGAACAAGUCCAUUUUGUUUUACUUUAACCUGCUCACCUGUACCAGUCCCUCCGUGGUGGUAAACCUACAGUGCCCUACCACACAGAUCUGUGUCUCCAAGUGCCCAGAAAGAUUCUUAACUUACAUGGAAAUACAAUUUAAGUACAAAAACGACAGUAAAUACUGGACAUACUACAGCCAGUUCUGCCGGACUACUUUUCUUAAGCCUGUGGAGACUCUCUCACAAGUUUUACUGGAUAAUGAUUGUCCAUCAGCGAUUUAUCCAAGCAAACCUUUUCUCCAGAGAUGUUUCCCAGACUUUUCUACUAAAAAUGGCACUUUAACAGUAGGAAAUAAGACAGUAUUUGAUGAUGGAAGUGGAAAGACAAGAAAUGCUGCAGAACUCAGAAGAGCUGCAAAUGGUAUCAAUAAAGCCCUUGAUGCAAGGGCAAUUGGAGUGAAGGUGUUUGAAGACUAUGCAACAACAUGGUAUUGGAUUCUCAUUGGCCUGACUAUUGCCAUGCUCCUCAGCUGGAUGUUUGUGAUGCUCCUGAGGUUCACAGCUGGAUUGCUUUUCUGGAUCUUCACCUUUGGUGUGAUUGGAAUCAUAGCUUAUGGAAUAUGGCGCUGUUACCUAGAAUACAGCCGUCUUCAGGAACAUCCACGUUCUCAGUUAAAUGUAUAUACCAUUGGGAUUCAGACUGACAUAAGCAUGUACUUUCGCCUGAAACAAACAUGGUUCGCACUUAUGGUAAUACUCUGCCUCCUUGAACUGUUCAUCAUCCUCAUGCUGAUCUUCCUCAGGGACCGAAUCCGUAUCUCCAUCGCCCUGCUGAAGGAGGGGAGCAAAGCCAUUGGAUACAUCCCUAGUACUUUAAUUUAUCCAGCUUUAACUUUCUUUUUCCUCUCAGUCUGCAUUUCCUACUGGGCUGUGGUAGCACUAUACUUGGCUACAUCAGGGGCACCUAUAUACAAAGUCAUAGCCCCACAGGGGCGAUGUGAACAUGAAAAUAAAACCUGUGACCCAGUGGGUUUUAAUUCAACUGAAAUUGCCAAAGCUUGCCCUGGGGCUCAGUGUCAUUUUGCUUUCUAUGGUGGAAAGAGCCUAUAUCAUCAAUACAUCACUACCUUCCAGUUACUCAAUCUAUUCGUCUUUCUCUGGCUUAUAAACUUUGUCAUUGCAUUGGGUCAGUGUGCCCUUGCUGGUGCCUUUGCUUCUUAUUAUUGGGCCUUGAAGAAACCUGAUGACAUCCCACCCUAUCCACUUUUUACUGCAUUUGGACGAGCCAUAAGAUAUCACACAGGAUCCCUAGCAUUUGGAUCUUUAAUUCUUGCAAUAAUUCAAAUGUUCAGAUUAAUCCUAGAAUACAUGGACAAACGUCUUCAAAAGGCCCAGAGCAACAUUUCUAAAUUCCUAAAAUGCUGCCUGAGAUGCUGUUUCUGGUGUUUGGAAAAGGCAGUAAAGUUUUUGAACAGAAAUGCCUAUGUUAUGAUGGCAAUAUACGGCAAAAACUUCUGCAAGUCAGCAAGAGAUGCUUUCAAUCUGCUGAUGAGAAAUAUUUUAAAAAUUGCAGUUAUGGAUAGAGUGACAGACUUUGUACUAAUCCUGGGGAAGAUUCUAGUUGCUGGGUGUAUAGGUGUCCUGGCCUUUCUACUUUUCACCAAAAGACUCCCAGUGAUUAUAGAAGGACCAACAUCUUUAAAUUACUACUGGGUACCUUUGCUGACAGUGAUUGUUGGCUCUUACAUAAUUGCACAUGGAUUCUUCAGCGUCUAUGCAAUGUGUAUUGAAACAAUUUUCAUCUGCUUCUGUGAAGAUCUGGAAAGAAAUGAUGGAUCAACAGAAAAACCCUACUUCAUAACCCCUACCCUGCACGGAAUUCUGAACAAGAAGCAACUAGUUCCCCAGAAGCAGAAAAAGUAGAAAAGCUCCAAACAGUGCCAUUCACUUUUAAGUAGAAGUUUUGUAAAUUAGGUCAUUUGUAUUGGAAAAUGAUGCUUUUAAGUAAUAUGAAAUUUCAGUACCUAUUCCUGAAAAGCAAGAACCUGGUACCAUCUGAGGUAUCAGGCAGUUGAUGACAGUAGCCCCUGUGAACUAGGAUACUUUAUAGACUGUGGUUCCAACUGAAGAGCAAGGUGUAAAUGUCACAUGUUUUCUUAAAGUCUAUAGCUGAAAGUGUUUCCAAACUUUUAUAACCUGGCAUGCUGUUUUCCACUGCAGCACUUUGAUGAACUUUCUUUUUACAAAUGUAUAUUUGUAAAAGAUAUUCAGGAAAUUUUUGAAAGCAUUAUAAAUGUAUAAUCAAUUAGCCAUAAACAGGUUGAUUUGUAGUUAACCAGCAUAUGGUACUAAAUUUGUAAAUGUGGUGCUAUGGUUACAUUUAUACUGUUCAAGCAAGUGGACAACAUCCUAAACUGUGAUUAAACUUAUAUUAAUGGUUCCCUGGGAAGUAUAUUUCAGUAAGUGAUUCAAGACCAUAAUGAAUAUAUAGACGGUAAGGUUAUACAGGUUCCACAGAGAGCAUUACUAGGUAAAAAUCACCGUGGAACCUUCAUAGGCCAUUUUGUUGUCAUGAAAUUAAAGUUGAAUCUGAGUUCUGGAAUAUCGUUUUUAAUCAUAUGAACAUGAGGCCACCGUGAAAAUAUUCUGAGCAGAACUGAGAUGGCCACAUAACUCGUACCCUUUGUCUGUAACCCAAUAGAGAUGAAUCUUUAUGCCUACCAUAUAGGCAAUGGGUAUGGAUGUGUUUCAGAAGAGUGAUUAAAUCUUUUAUGAGCAUGCCUGUUUUUCUAGAUUAAAGAGAUCUUGUGGGUUUGUUCUAUAAAAGGUUUAAUUUUAGCUUAACUUUCAGUGAAAAAAGAGCAAAGAUAAGUAAGACUUCAGAUUUUACCCUAAGGAAACAUUAGCCCUCCAUAGGUACCUCAGCUGGUACCUUUACAAGGGGCAUACUGUGGAUUAGGAGAGCUCUUCCUGAAGGGGUCAGGAGGGAAGGUAUUCUUCCACCUCUGCUGACCAGACCAACAAACCAGGCUCUGGCAGCCAUGCCUUAGUCUUUUGCAUGGCAGAGCAAAGCAUGAAUCAAGACACCCACAUACCUUGUCUGUCCAUCUCCUGUGAACAAGAGCAUGAGAUAUGGCGAACAGUGUGAAAAUGGACCCCAAGGGGGCACUGGUCAACAGUGUCCUUUUGGCUUCUACACUAAGUUUGUAUAUAAGGAUUAUUUAUGUCUCGACAAAAAGGAGCAUGAUCUGGAUAUAAUCCAUGUAUCCAGGAAGACAGUCAGAAAUGUAUUAUUGUGUUAUAACUUAACAUGACUAGUAAUUUAUUUAAUGACCCUGAAGUGUGGGGUCACUGACUUCCUACCAGCUUAAUAGCAAGAAGCCAAUGAAUAGGGGAGAGUUUCAAAAUACGGGUCCUUAUAUGGCCCCAUCUUAUUCUUAGCUUACUUUCUUGAGACGAUUGUAAUCAAAGUAUCAUUUGGCUUCAUACCUUGGCAAAAGCCUUCUUCACUCUCAUGUUCCUUGAAGUAUAAUUCAGAGAAGAGUGAUAACCUGUAUUUCUAGAUAGUUAUUAUUAUUUUAUUCAAUAAUAUACCUGGAUGAGAGGGGAUUUGGGGGAGAAUGGAUACAUGUAUAUGUGUGGCUGAGUCCCUCAUCUGUGUGCCUGAAACAAUCACAACUUUGUUAAUUAGCUAUACUCCAAUUUAAAAUUAAAAAAAAAUUAAAAAGAAAUAAUACAAGGUUCACAACAAAAAUCUAGUCAAAUAGUUACCUCUAUCUUAAGUGUUGAAAAUUAUAAGGAAUAAGUCCCCUUUUAGAAGUAGUUGAAAAAUUCAUAAUGAUGAAACAAAACAAUUUUUAAUUUUCUGUGUAUGUAUCAGAAUCACUCUGAGAAU